GUUCCUUAGUCUAAAAUGUCUGUGUUUGAGACGGAUCGCCUGUACGCAUCAGACGACGUCUACGCGUUACACUCCGUACCAUUAGGAAGAAACGCAAAGCGCAGCAAGCGCAUAAAGCUCUACGCGCUUGUCGGCGUUGGAAUCGCAUCCUGUGUUAGCCUUGCACUCGCGCUGACCGCUAUAGGCCUUUCGAAGCAAACGCAAAAAGACAUCACAUCACUUUCUAAAAGCGAUGACAGCCAGCAGCAAGUGGGCUUCAGGCCGACUCGACGAAUAGCCUUUGGCAGCUGUACGUCGUACGACCUUCGACCCCAACCUGUAUGGGCAGAAGGUGUCAUUCCCGCGCAACCCGAUGCUUGGAUCUGGCUUGGCGACAUGGCGUAUCUAGACUCCUCGCCCAUAUCUUGCAGCACUCCAGGGGUCGCGCAGCUAACCGCCUGGUGCAACUGCUCCAACGGUCACAUCGCCUACCCGGGGCAGUGUCUUGCGGGCGAUGUGGAGGCGGCGAGGGAGCGCUGGCAGCACGCGAUACAUAGCCCUGAAUACCGGACCUUCCUGGACUUCAUGUGUCCGCCCUCGAGCUCGGGAGCCGUGGAGGCUACUACCGCCACGGGUUCGGAGGGGGGUUUCGGAGCAGCACCCGGCCGCUUUCCCCCAACCGGGACCGACCCUUCGGUGUGUCCCCGACCCAUCUUUGGAGUGUACGACGACCAUGACUAUGGCUGGAACAACGGCAACCGGCGGCUACCCAACAAGGCGGAGUUCAAGCGCAUGUACCUGGACGCGGUCGGGGAGGCACCCGCCAGCAAGCGGCGCAGCGCGGAUGCCGGCCUGCAGGCGGUGUACACGCUCAACGGCGGGGCGGCGGGUCGCGACAUCGACCUGGUGCUGCUGGACGAGCGCUGGUACCGGGACCCUCUGCCGUGCAGCUUGAGGAGGAGCUGGUGCGAACAGGUCCUCACACAGCCGGUCCACACGGCUUUCGGCUGGUGCCGGGACUUCUUGCUGGACGACGGAACCACGGGUCGCGGCUCCUGCUGCACCAAGGACGACGACCUCGCUGCCUGGUGUGCGCUGCCCGGCAGCCGCAACAGCCCCCUCUGGUCUGUCGCCUGCGACCCCACCUCUUCCUCUUGGGCCUCCCGACCGUUGGUUCUGGCCGCUGACAACACCUCGCUGCUGACCGCUGAUGAGCGGCUGUGGGACGAUGCCAGCAGCGUGCAAGCGUUAUGGCCCAGGCUGCUGCAGGCCCACGACUCCCCCGUCUGCGAGGUGUUGGGCGCCGCUCAGCGCUCCUGGCUGUCCCGCCACCUGGCCGCCAGCCGCGCCGCCCUCACUCUGGUGGCCAGCGGCUCGGUACUGCUGGGCAACCUGAACUGGACCAACCCGGAGGAGGGCGCCUGCUCGGGCGACGAGUGGAGUUGCUGGAGGCCUGCGCAGCUCAACCUGCUGCACACGCUGUCCAAUGUGUCCUCCGGCUGUGUGGUGGUGCUCACGGGCGACUUCCACUUCGGCGAUAUCAAGCAUGUGGCGCCGGGAGUUGCAGCAGCGGGAGGAGGCGGAGGCGGAGGCGGAGGUGGUGGCAGCGGCAGCGGCAGGGCGGCUUAUGUGGAUACGCUUCAGGCGACCAAGUUGAAGAAACAUGUGUACCAGGUCAUGGCUAGCGGCAUGACAGACAGCACCGCCCAUGCCGCCGGUGCGCCCUGCGUGGGCAGCUACCGGGAGGACUCCUCGGGGCUGAGGCCGCUGGGGAACUGCAGCUACAUGGACCGUCCCAACUUCGGCAUGGUGGAGGUGGACUGGGAACAAGGCGUGGUGCACCUGACCAUCCGGGACGCUAACGGAGGGGGAAUCGCCACCGGGCUAGACGGCAAGCAGCAGCACCUGGCGUUCUCGCUCGACACAUGCGCGCCCAUCUAGCAGCUUUCCAAUCCUGGAUGAAUCCUGGAUGAAGGUAGGGGCGUGGGGCGGCUCUAAGGGGUGUCUGUCUUGGAGGGGCAUGGGUUCUAGCGGUGCGCCGCGGGAGAUAGCUAAGCGGAGUCUCGACGUUGAGCGAUGAGUGGGAGCGUGUGUGGACGAGAUGGGAGUGGGAGUGCUGCAGGCGCAAUGCUAGCAUGCGUGCAUCAAGACCUCGCUGUUGACGAGGAGGGUAAUGAAGACUGUUCAGAGCUUGGAGAUUGUGAAAGGAGAGGUAGAGUGUGACCGGUCCUAGUGCUUGUGGAGGGGGUGGUGGGCGGUGAUGCUGCGGGUGGAGGUACGUUCCUGUACGACGGCUUCACUGCAGCCGUACUCGGUGGUUGCUUGGCAGAUGAGGUUGCUUGCUUUGCAUGCAUGCGUGCAUACGUCACGCGUCUUGCAGAGGCGUGGUCUGUAGCAAGGUUGGGACGUGGUCUGUAGCAAGCAGGUCCAUAUAUUCGCCAUUCGCCAAAAUACAACGGACGGUUGUACGAACCGUUCCGCAUGCGUGCAAUAGACUUUGGACCUCAGCAAUGGGUUGGCGUGGUAUCCAAAGAACAUGAG